AUGACUAAGCAUCUAAAUCGAAGUGUGUUUUCUGGUCUUCUUUUCUCACGCGUUGUCACCUCUAGAAUGACAUUGCUCGCACGUCCUGUCUCGACAAUCUGGAAAAUGCCUGAGCCUUAUGAUUUGUUCGAGUACACGUCUGGGCGAUGGAUCUAUAAUGAUAGGUUGAGAUAUCGCGAGAGGAGACGUGUUUUCAACGUCUCUGGAUUGAAGCGCCUUGCUGCCCUAGCGAUACAGCAGAAUGGGGACGAUGUCAUUGGUUUUGAGAAGCUUGCCGAAGGAGGCUUUAACCGAAGUUUUCUGAUCACCAUGCGAGACGGCUUCCGAUUUGUCGCACGAAUUCUAUACCCAGUUACCGAGCCUAAAUCUCUCGUGGUCGUAAGCGAAGUUGUAAUGAUGGAUUUCCUACGCGCUCACGGUAUCCCAGUUCCGAAGGUCUUUGGCUACUCUGCCGAUGUAGAUAAUUCCGCAGGUACAGAAUAUAUCUUUAUGGAACUUGUCUAA